CAGCCGCGAGACCCGCGUUUCUACUAAGAUGGUGGCGCUGGGCUCGGGGUGACUACGGGAGACGACAGGGCCCUUUCGCCUUCGCCAGGAUCCUGACACCCCGCCCUCCGCUCGCUCGCGCACUCCGCCGCCGCGCAGCCAGCCGCCGGUCUGGGCGCCUGCCACCGCCUCCGCCAACCUGCGCUUCACCUCUGUCGACCCGGCGCUCUUAGCCGCGGGCGGCGGCGCCUCUCUCGGCACCUCCUCGGGUCCCCGCUCCGACCCGCUCGCGGCCUAGCUCCGGCCAGGCGGGCUCUGCAGCCGGGUUCGGACAGGCAGCAGCGGAGCGGCGGCCGGAGACGAGCGCGGGGUCCUCGGCGACCCCGGCUCCCCCCCUGGCCGGCCUCGGCGUCUGUAGAAGGAAGCGCGGGUACCGCAUGAGCCCCGGCGGUGGCGGCAGCGAAGGGGAACGAGGCGGUGGCGGGCGGAGGCGGCGGGCGAAGGCGACGACGACCAGUGAGGCGGCCGCCGCUGCAAGGGCUGCGACCUAGGCGCGCGGGCGACGACAGGUUAAAAAUCUGUAAGAGCCUGAUUUUAGAAUUUACCAGCUCAUCAAAAGUUUGGCGAAAUAUGAGUUAUUAAGCCUACGCUCAGAUCAAGUUAGCAGCUAGACUGGUGUGACAACCUGUUUUCAAUCAGUGACUCAAAGCUGUGAUCACCCUGAUGUCACCGAAUGGCCACAGCUUGUAAAAGAUCACCCGGAGAACCUCAGUCUGACGACAUUGAAGCUAGCCGAAUGAAGCGAGCAGCUGCAAAGCAUCUAAUAGAACGCUACUACCACCAGUUAACUGAGGGCUGUGGAAAUGAGGUCUGCACGAAUGAGUUUUGUGCUUCCUGUCCAACUUUUCGUCGUAUGGAUAACAAUGCAGCAGCUAUUAAAGCCCUCGAGCUUUAUAAGAUUAACGCAAAACUCUGUGAUCCUCAUCCCUCCAAGAAAGGAGCAAGCUCUGCUUACCUCGAGAACAACUCGAAAGGUGCCCAUAACAACUCCUGCACUGACAUAAAAAUGAACAAGAAAGAAGGACCUAGAGAUGAUUUUAAAGAUGUGACUUUCCUAACAGAAGAGAAGGUAUAUGAAAUUCUUGAAUCGUGUAGAGAGAGAGAGGAUUAUUCCCCUUUAAUCCGUGUUAUUGGAAGAGUCUUUUCUAGCGCUGAGGCGUUGGUUCAGAGUUUUCGGAAAGUCAAACAGCACAGCAAGGAGGAACUGAAAUCGCUUCAAGGAAAAGAUGAAGACAAGGAUGAAGAUGAAAAGGAAAAAGCUGCAUGUUCUGUCGCUGCUAUGGAAGAAGAUUCAGAAGCAUCCUCCUCAAGGGUAGGCGAUAGCUCACAAGGAGAUAACAGCUUACAAAAAUUAGGCCCCGAAGAUGUAUCUGUGGAUAUUGAUGCUGUCAGAAGGGUCUACACCAGAUUGCUUUCAAAUGAAAAAAUAGAAACUGCCUUUCUUAAUGCACUUGUAUACUUGUCACCUAAUGUGGAAUGUGACUUGACCUAUCACAAUGUAUACUCCCGAGACCCUAAUUAUCUGAAUUUGUUCAUUAUUGUAAUGGAGAAUAGAAAUCUCCAUAGUCCUGAAUAUCUGGAAAUGGCUUUGCCCUUGUUCUGCAAAGCAAUGAGCAAGCUCCCUCUUGCAGCCCAAGGAAAACUAGUUAGACUGUGGUCUAAAUACAGUGCAGACCAGAUUCGGAGAAUGAUGGAAACAUUUCAACAACUUAUUACUUACAAAGUCAUAAGCAAUGAAUUUAACAGUCGAAAUCUAGUGAAUGAUGAUGACGCCAUUGUUGCUGCUUCAAAGUGCUUGAAAAUGGUUUACUAUGCAAAUGUAGUGGGAGGGGAAGUGGACAGAAAUCACAAUGAAGAAGACGAUGAGGAGCCCAUCCCAGAGUCCAGUGAAUUGACGCUUCAGGAGCUGUUAGGAGAGGAAAGAAGAAACAAGAAAGGUCCUCGAGUGGACCCACUGGAAACUGAACUUGGUGUUAAAACUCUAGAUUGUCGAAAACCACUUAUCCCUUUUGAAGAGUUUAUUAAUGAACCACUGAAUGAUGUUCUAGAAAUGGAUAAAGAUUAUACUUUUUUCAAAGUAGAAACAGAAAACAAAUUCUCUUUUAUGACAUGUCCCUUUAUAUUGAAUGCUGUCACGAAGAAUUUGGGAUUAUAUUAUGACAAUAGAAUUCGCAUGUACAGUGAACGAAGAAUCACUGUUCUCUACAGCUUAGUUCAAGGACAGCAGUUAAACCCAUAUUUGAGACUCAAAGUCAGACGUGAUCAUAUCAUAGAUGAUGCGCUUGUCCGGCUAGAGAUGAUCGCUAUGGAAAAUCCUGCAGACUUGAAGAAACAAUUGUAUGUGGAAUUUGAAGGAGAACAAGGAGUUGAUGAGGGAGGUGUUUCCAAAGAAUUUUUUCAGCUGGUUGUAGAAGAAAUCUUCAAUCCGGAUAUUGGUAUGUUCACAUAUGAUGAAUCUACAAAAGUGUUUUGGUUUAAUCCAUCUUCUUUUGAAACUGAGGGUCAGUUUACCCUGAUUGGCAUAGUGCUGGGUCUGGCUAUUUACAAUAACUGUAUACUGGAUGUACAUUUUCCCAUGGUUGUCUACAGGAAGCUAAUGGGGAAAAAAGGAACUUUUCGUGACUUAGGAGACUCUCACCCAGUUCUGUAUCAGAGUCUAAAAGAUUUACUGGAGUAUGAAGGAAAUGUGGAAGAUGAUAUGAUGAUCACUUUCCAAAUAUCUCAGACAGAUCUUUUUGGUAAUCCCAUGAUGUAUGAUCUAAAGGAAAAUGGUGAUAAAAUUCCAAUUACAAAUGAAAACAGGAAGGAAUUUGUUGGUCUCUAUUCUGACUACAUUCUCAAUAAAUCAGUAGAAAAGCAGUUCAAGGCCUUUCGAAGAGGUUUUCAUAUGGUGACCAAUGAAUCUCCUUUAAAGUACUUAUUCAGACCAGAGGAAAUUGAAUUGCUUAUUUGUGGAAGCCGGAAUCUAGAUUUCCAGGCACUGGAAGAAACUACAGAAUAUGACGGUGGCUAUACCAGGGACUCUGUUCUGAUUAGGGAGUUCUGGGAAAUCGUUCAUUCAUUUACCGAUGAACAAAAAAGACUCUUCUUGCAGUUUACAACUGGCACAGACAGAGCACCGGUGGGAGGACUAGGAAAAUUAAAGAUGAUUAUAGCCAAAAAUGGCCCAGACACAGAAAGGUUACCUACAUCUCAUACUUGCUUUAAUGUCCUUUUACUUCCGGAAUACUCAAGCAAAGAAAAACUUAAAGAGAGAUUGUUGAAGGCCAUCACAUAUGCCAAAGGAUUUGGCAUGCUGUAAAAAAAAAAAAAAAUGAAAAAUGAAAAAAAGAAAACAAAAGCAAAACACAAACGGGGGGAGGGAUAAAUUUUAGUAACUAUAAAGGAGGGAUAAAAUUUGUGGUGAUAGUUCCCAGUGCAAAAAGGCUGUAAGAUAGUGAACCACAGUAGUCAUCUGUGUCUGUGCUUCUCUUCUUUAUCGGGGACAUAUGGGCUGGAACAGCACAUUUCAGCUGCUUAUAUGAACAAAUUAUUUUUUUUUUUCUUUGCGUGUGUGUGUGUGUAUGUGUGUGUGAAAGUAUCACAUAUUCUUUCACUUGUAUGUACAGAGAGGUUUUUCUGAAUAUUUAUUUUAAGGGUUAAAUCACUUUUGCUUGUGUUUAUUACUGCUUGAGGUUGAGCCUUUUUGAGUAUUUAAGAAAAAUAUACACCAACAAAACUACUCUCCCAAGGAAGAUAUUGCCAUCAUUUGUAGACUGUGUAACCUUCAAGUAUGUGCUAUUUUUUGUCCCUGUAUCUAACUCAAAUCAGGAACUGUAUUUUUUAACCAUUUGCUUUCGAAACUUGAAGUCUUGGAAACAGUGUGAUGCAAUUGCUGCUGUUCUAGCCCCCAAAGAGUUUUCUGUGCAAAUUCUUAAUAAAGAUGGAAGGGAGAACUUGGAAUGUUUCACUGCAGCCCUCAGAACUUUACUUUAGCAACAGCACAAAAAAUUAAAAACAACUCAUGCCACAGUAUGUCGUCCUCAUGUGUCUUGCAGUGAACUGUUCUGUAGCCAGUCCUCUUUCUUAGUAUAUGAAAGGACAGGGAUUUUUUUGUUGUUGUUGUUAUUGUUGUUUUAAGUUUACUGGGAAAAGUGCAUUUGGCCAAAUGAAAUGGUAGUUAAGCCUGUUGCAAGGAAGUUGGGAAGUCUGUUCCUUAUUAUAAACAAAAAGCAUGUGAAAGUGCACUUAAGGUAAUUUUUUUUUUUUUUACUUAUCUGAAUUUUAAAUAGACAAUCCAAAGUCUUCCCUUUGUGUUACCAUCAUCUUGUCUAAUCAGCCAUUUUAUCAAGGCACGUGAUCAGUGUUGCAACAUAAUGAAAAGGAUAGCUACUAUGCCUUGUUUUAGUUAAUCAUACAGUAAGCAAACCUGGUAUUACUCCUAAGGCCUAUUUACAUUGUGUAUCCCCAAAGAUAAAAUUUUACUUCAGAAAGUGUUAAAGAUUACUUUCAUGUGCUAUGGAAAAGUACAAAUAGGUUUAAAUUACUAAAUAUUCAGAAGUGAGUAGUUUCCCCUUUCCUGGUCUUCUGUGUCUGUGAUGUUAAUCUUUUAUUGCAAUCUAAAAUAAAAGGAUUAUGUAUUUUUAACUAAGGAGAGACAUAUCGAUAUAUAUCUUCUUGCUACAAGCUAUAGCUGAUGUGCUGCGCUUGUGCCUUGGUGAUUGUUUUAACUAUUACAGCUCAACCUGAUGAUUUGUUUUAGAUUGGCAUGAAAAAUGUAGCUUUCAAAUCAUUGGAGGGGAAACCGUGUCUUUUAGGAUUAUUUUAAUAAAUUAUUUUAGUAAUUGAGACAGAAAUGUUAUGUACCAUAAUGCUAAAUAAAACAGUGGCAUUUUCACCAUAAUUUAGUGGGAAAAGAAGACCGUGCUUUCUAUAUUAUUAUAAGGCAAUAUGGGUUUCUUGUGGGCCAACCUUUAGAACACUGUUAAGGUAUAUACGCUACCUUGAUGCAAUGGACCCCCAUGAAACUACAGUCAUAUUAAAGGGCCUCUCAUCCAUUGUGCUUCUUAUGUGUAAUGCAAGUGAUAGCAGCAGAAAUCAAGUACUCUGGGGACAUUUUAUGUAAUAAAUUUGUGAAGAAAUUUGUACUCUUCAAUUCUCUCAGGUUUUAUUAUCACUACAGUACUGAAGUUACGUUGAAAUACCAUAUGAAGAAAAUUCAGAUGGUAAAUGAGUAUAGAUUAGCAUAGAAUUCACACCAAAUAGUAUUGAAAUUCCAUUUCAACCAGUCAAACAUUAAAUCUACUUUUAAAAGUUUUAAGAAAAAAAGACAUCGAUGGGCUAGACUCUGUUCCCAAUUGCUCAGUCAUCAAUUACCCUGGGCGUGUCACCCCUUCCCGGCAUCGCUGAUGCCCUUUCACUAGUGUUGACUAAAAUGUCACUGAACAGUAUUUUAAGGAAAACAAUAAUGGCUACUCUAUCCCAAAUGUCAUGUUUUAAAAAUACCUUUUAGCCCAGAUAUUCUUUACAUAUUUUGGUUUUCUGUCAAGCAGCCCACAAUCUCAAGGAAUCUCUUUGAGUGGGCAGAGGGGAAGAUGGACCAAAAACUAAUUGGCUUUCCAAAUAAAAUAAAACAACUUUUUACAUUUUAUUAUUAUAGAAAACUUUAAACAUACAACAUGAAAACAGCCUACAGCCAAACCUUUCUGGAGCCUGGCAGCUCUUGCAAAUCCAUUGGGUAUCCUGACUGUAUACUACUUUCCUGGUCUAUGGCUAAUUGCAUGAUAAAAUCCAAUAACAGUUUUUUUAGCUUAAUUUUUGAUGUAUCUCUAUGUAGGGAGAAAUACAUUAAAAAGAAACUUGAAAAUGGGACCUCCAACAGGACCCCCUGAUGUUGUCUGUACUCCCUUGGCACGGGUAUUUGAAAGGACAAUUGGCUGUAAUUUGGAAACAGCACUCCCUGUUCCUUAAGAACAUGGCCAUACCAGCAUAGCAGAUGUUUUUUAAGGGUUUUCUCCAUCUCAUACAAACUGUUAGAGGAAGAAGUGUCUUCCCAAGGCUAUCUGAAGUCUUGAAUCUCUACCUGCUUACCUUAAAAGUAUUUUCCAGCCUUCCACCAGCCUCUCUCUAGGAACUGUAUCCUUCCCGCCCCUCCCUUUAACCCCACUGCCAUCGAGUUGAUUCCAACUCAUAGCGACCCUAUAGAACAGGGUAGAACUGCCCCAUAGAGUUUCCAGGGAGCGCCUGGCGGAUUCAAACUGCUGACCUCUUGGUUAGCAGCCAGAGCACUUAACCACUACGCCACCAGGGUUUCCACUAGCCACCAAAGAAUCCUCAAACACACUUUUCAUGUGCCACCUCUCAUCUUUGUUUUUACCAGAGGAUUAAAAGAAUUACCUGUGGAGGUUGUUACAAUCCUCCCUCCCCCUUCCCUGUGCAAAUCCAGGGGGUUGACGUUUGUUAACCACUGCAAGAAUUUGAUGCAGAUACAGGGUGGAUCUCAGUGUGAGAAAUGUUGGAACUGAAACUGUUCUCAUCAGGGAUACUGAUAACCUAAUAGUCAAAGGCAGGAGCUCUUAUAUUUAACCCCAAGAACACCGAACUUGGGCUGCUACUUUUCUACAGCGCUUUAAGUCUCAACUAGUUCCUCUUCCAUGUCUAGGCCUUAGAUGUUCUACUGUAAUCCUACUUAAAGUUCUUGUCUCUACUUGUCCAGUCUCUGGGCAGCCUCACCCACUCCUGAAAAUUCUUGUACAUAUUCAUGUCUUUUAUUCAGACCUCUUUUCCCAGGAUAUCUUUCGGGUAGCUCUUAAGUCAGUACACCUAGAAACAAAACUCUUCAUCUUGUGUCUCUCCCCACCUUACUUUGUUCCUUCCUUAAAGCAUCAUCUUUAACCCAGUCAUCUAGUAGGGGUCACUGGAUUUCUUAUGGAGGGUCUUGGAGGGGGGUCUUGGGGGCCACCCUAGAUAAGAUCCUUUCCACAUUUUAGUGCUUUAUUUAUGAGACUUGUGUUUAAAACUUUUUCAAAACCUAAAAAAGUUCAAAAACAUUGCAUGGAGUAUAAGCAAAUUGAUGGUGAAUACUGCUGUACCCUUCUACUCAGUGUGUCACAACUUGAAUGAUUGAAAACAGGCCAGCAUGUAGUAGAAUGAUCAAGGAAGCUUCCUGGUUUCUCACGAAAGUACCCGUCUGUCUCCUUGGAUGCCCACCCCCACCCCAAGUCUGGCAAAAGAUUUUUAUUUUUAAAUAUUUGAAUAGUUAAUGGCUAAGUACUUGUUCCUUCAUGAGGAAGCUCCCUAGAACCACUGGCUCUGUCUUUUCAGCCCCAAAAAGGGAAAAUCAGCAAGAGGGAAAGAAAACAGGGCCUUAAGAGCAAGAUUCUUGUGUGACUUCCCUCCCCUGCCGCUGUGUCUGGCAGUCAGGACCCUUUGUGCAGCCACCUCUUCUGUGGCAACACGAUUUCCCUCUCUCCCGAUGGGGAGGGGGCUGGCAUCUUGCAUCAUCCUACUGCUGCCAGCCACUCAAGCCUUUCAAGGAGCAAUCCUCAGCCAGAUAUACUUCCCAUACUAAAUGAACCACGCACUGUGAUCGCUUUGCCAGAGCCUCGUACCUAUACUUAGCGUUUACUUUUGCAGUGCCUACUAAGUACCUUGUAUAAGUGAAAUAAUUUCUUCUUCAGAUUUCACCAUGGUUCAAGAGGUUAUGCACCUUGCUCAAAACGUACAGCUAGUAUACAGAUGAACAGAGCUUUGGACUCAGUCCUGGGUGACACUAUUUGUCAUCUUGCCACACAAAGUCCAGUCGAUUCCGAUCAUAGCUACCCUAUAGGACAGAGUAGAACUGCCCCAUUGGGUUUCCAAGGAGUGGCUGGUGGAUUCAAACUGCCAGCCUUUUGAUUGGCAGCCAAGCUCUUAACCACUGUGCUACCAGGGCUCCCAGUCAACUCUCUAAUCAAUAUUAGGCUCAGCUAGCUGAACAGGACCUGGGGUAAUUAUCCUAGCCACCUUCCAGUCUUCAAGAAACCAUAGAAAAUAGGAUGAGAUGUGUCUGGUAAACAGCACACAGAGUGGAUGAGAGUGCAGCCUUUGGAGUCAGAUGACUGGGUUUCAGUCCUAAUCCUGCCCUUCUUUUGGCUUGUAUUACCCUACCCAAGCCUACCUCAUUUCUGUAGUCAGGGUUCAGUGAGGUUGAGAUACGGAUACUGGACAAUCUGUUGCAGGGUAUCUCGAGAGAGUAUGAGAUGAGUUCUCCCAAAGGGGAGUCUAUUGAGAGAUUGGCGGUGUUUUUCAAGAGUUGACCAUCAUCCACCUCAACGUGGAGCAUUGGCUUGUCCCCUCGUCUUUGUUUUUUUAAUUAAGAUAUAAUUCACACCCACAAAGUACAGUCUUCUAAAGUGUACAGUUCAGCGGUUUUUAGUACAUUCACAACGUUGUGCCACCAUCACCACUAUGUAAUUCCAGGACAUUUUCAUCAUGCCCCCAAAGAAUUCCUCUCCCCACAAUUUCUCCACCCCCAAGGCCCUAGCAACCUCUAAUCUAUAAUUCUUUCUAUGAGUUUUCCUAUUUUGGACACUUCGUAUAAGUGGAAUCAUACAAUAUGUGGCUAUUUGUGUCUUUUUUUCCCUUAGCAUUAAUAUAUUUGAGACAUUUAUGUUGGAGCAUGUGUCAGUACUUCUUUUUAUGACUGAAUAAUAUUCCAUUGUAUUUAUAUGCUGUAUCUUGUUAUAUCCAUUCAGCUGAUGAAGAUUUGGGUUGUUUCCACUUUUGGGCUAUUAUGAAUAAUACUGUGAACAUUCAUGUACUAGUUUUUGUAUGGACAUAAGUUUUCAUUUAUCUUGGGUAUAUACCUGGGAGUGGAAUUGUUGGGUCAUUUUAGGUAACUAUCUGCAUUUGAGGAACUGCCAGUCUGUUCCAAAGUGGCUGCACUAUUUUACACUCCGACUAGUGUAUAAAAAAAAAAAAAUUUCUCCGCAUCCUCAAUGACACUUGUUCUUUUUAUUAUAGCCAUCCUAGGGGGUGUGAAGUAGCAGCUCAUUAUGGUAUUGAUUUUGUAUUUCCCUAAUGGAGCCCUGAUGGCACAGUGGUUAGGAGCUCGGCUGCCAACCUAAAGGCUGGCAGUUCAAAUCCACCAGCUGCUCCUUAGGAAUCCUAUGGGGCAGUUCUACUCUGUCCUUUAGGCUUGCUAUGAGUCGGAAUCAACUCGACAGCAACAGGUUUGGAAUGACUAAUGAUGUUGAGAAGCUUUGUAUGUGCUUAUUGGCCAUUUGUGUAUCUUUGGAGAAAUGUGUUGUCAGAUCCUUUGCCCUUUUUUAAAAUUGGGUUAUACGUCUUUAUUAUUGAGUUGUUUAUAUAUACUGGAUUGAAAAAAACGAAAGACAGUUGUCGUUGAAUUGACUGACUCGUGGUGGCCUUAAGUUUCAGAGUAGAAGUGUGCUCCAUAGGGUUUUCAGUGGCUGUGAUCUUUCUGAAGUAGAUCGCCAAACCUUUCUUUCGAGGCGCCUCUGGGUGGAUUCAAACCUCCAACCUUUAAGUUAGUAGCUGAGCACUUAACCAGUUUGCACCACUCAGGGAGUCCUGUAUUCCGAUACUAGUCCUUUAUCAGAAAAAUAACUUGCAAAUUUUUUCUCCUAGUCUUUGAAUCAUCUUUUCACUUUCGUGAUGAUCUUUGAAUCACAAAAGUUUUAAUGUUUGAUGAAGUCCAGUUUACCAAAAUUUUUGUUUGUGUUUGUGAUUUGGGUGUCAUGCAUGUAUAAGAAACCAUUGCUUAAGCCAAGUCACAAAGAUUUAUGCCUGUUUUCUUCUAGGAGUUUUAUGAUUUUGCUCUUACAUUUAGGUAUUUGGUCCAUUUUGUGUUAAUUGGAUCAAAUUUAGGUAUUUGAUCCAUGUUUUGCAUAUGGUGCAUGGUAAGGCUCCAACUUUAUUCUUCUGCAUGUGGAUAUUCAGUUGUCUAAGCACCAUUUGUUGAAAAGACUAUUUUCCCCAUUGAAUGGUCUUGGCAUCCUUGUCAAAAACUAGGUGACCAUAAGUAUAAGAGUUUGUUUCUGGAUUCUCAGUUUUAUUCCAUUGAUCUAUAUGUCUGUCAUUAUACUAGUACCACAUAUUCUUGAUUAUUGUAGCUUUGUAGUAAGUUUUGGAAUUGGGACAUGUGAGUCUUGCAACUUUGUUCUUAUUCAAGGUCAUUUUGGCUGUCCUGACUUCCUUGCAAUGACAUAUGAAUUUUAGGAUCAGUUUGUCAAUUUCUGCAAAAAGUGCUGCUGGGAUUUUGAUAGGGGUUGCAUCUGUAAAUUUGGGGAGUAUUACCAUCUGAACAAUAUUAAGUCUUGCAGUCCAUGAACAUGAAAUGUCUUUCCAUUUACAUAGGUGUUCUUUAAUUUUUUUCAACAGUAUAGUUUUCAGCGUACAUGUCUUAAACGUCUUUGGUUAAAUGUAUUUUUAAGUAUUUUAUUUUUUUGAUACGAUUAUAAACGGUAUUUUCUUAAUUUUGAAAAAAAAUUUUUUUUUCAUUGCUGGUAUAUACAAAUACAAUUGGCUUUUGUAUAUUGAUCUUAUAUCCUGCAACUUGCUCAACUCAUGUAUUAGCUCUAGUUAAUUUUUUCCCUUAGGAUUUUGUAUAUUCAAGAUCAUGUCAUCUUUGAGUAGAAAAAGUUUCUACUUCUUUCCAAUCUGAAUGUCUUUUAUUUCUUUUUCUUGCCUGAAUACCUUGGCUAGAGCCUCCAGUGCAAUGUCAAAUAGAAAUGGUAAGAGCAGACAUUCCUGCUUUUGAUUGUAGAGGGAAAGCAUUAAGUUUCACCAUCAAGUACGAUGUUGUUCUUAGUUGCCAUCGAGUUAGCUCUGACUCAUGGCAGCCUUAUGUGUAAUAUAACAAAAUGUCGUAGGUAAUCUUCAGGAUCAUUGGUAUGUUUGAGUCCGUUGUUACGGCUAUUGUGUCAAGACAUCUCAUUGAGGGUUUCCCUCAUUUUUGCUUACCCCUCCACUUUACCAACCACAAUGUCCUUUCCUGGUAAUUGGUCUUUCCUGAUGACGUGUGCAAAGUAAGCAAGCUGAAGUCUCACCAUCCUCCCAUUUAAGGAGCAUUCUGGAUGUAUUUCUUCUAAGACCGAUUUCUUCACCCUUCUGUCAGUCCGCAGUAUAUUCAGUAUUCUUCACCGGUACAACAGUUUGAAUGCAUCAGUUCUUCUUCUGUCUUCCUUUUUUCACUGACAACCUUUUAUCAGCUGAGGAAAUUACCUUUUAUUCCUAGUUUAUUGAGUGUUUUUAUCAUGAAAGGGUGAUGGGGUUGUCACAUGCUGCUGCUUUGUUGAGAUGAUCAUGUUGUUUUUGUCCUUUAUUAAUGUGGUGUAUUACACUGAAUCAACCUUGCAUUCCCAGGAUAAAUCCCACACUGCAGUUUUCAAAACGGACACACACAUACGUAUUUACUGUUACUACCAUGAAGAUAAAUCAGUUAAUUGAAAAUAUAUGAAAUGUAAUGUGUAUUAACUUUUGAAAUGUGGUAUAUCUUAACUCAUUGAUCCCCAUUUCAGGACCCAUCACUAUGCCUGAUAUUGCUGAGUUCAGCUCACUUUGCAGUGGGUCCAAAAGAGCACAGUAAUGAGAUCAGAUCUGUUUCUUGAGGCCAAUGAGGAGGUACCCUUGCCCCAGAGACAAUAACCACAGGCAAGAAGAUAACCUCCAGGCGCUUUGAGGUGUGAUUAAGCAGAGGUUCCCAGCUUGCCACAGUGUAACGGUGUACACUUAGGCCUUGUCAAAUAGAAGUUGUCCAGUUAUCUAGAAAUGCAGUUCAGAAGUCGCCCCUGGCAUGUUUGCAUCUGGCAUAGACCCAGCAAAAACACGCCACUCACUUUCAAUACUUGUUAAUAGGACUGAAAUCUUUUUCAAAUUUACAUUGUGUUCCCCAAAAUGUUCAUCAUGAUUCCAUAGUGCCUGUUUUGAUUCCCUUCAUUAUUGCCUAACUCCCUCCUUAAACCAUAAGCUCUAUAAGAGUAGGAACGUGUCUCUUUUCUUCACCCCAACGCCCAAGACAUGUUUGUUGAAUGAAUGAAUGUAUGAGUGAAAUUAUGAUUGUAAAGCCAGAAGGCCUUCCUAGGUAUAUACCCUACAGACCUAAAAGAAGUGACACAGACAGACAUAAUAUGCACACUGUGUUCACUGGAACACUAGCAAAAAGAUGGAAACAACCUAAGUGUUCACCAACAGAUAAAUGGAUAAACAAGAUGUGGUACAUACAUAUAAUAGAAUACAGCCAUAUAGAAUAAUGAUGUCCUCGAAACAUAAUGUGGAUGAAUCUGGAGGACAUGGCUGAGUGAAAUAAGUGAAUCACAAAGGGACAAAUUUUAGGAUCUCAUUUUAUAAAAAGACAAAAAUAGCUACACACACAGAAACCAGUGUUCAUUGGUGGUUACCAGGGAUGGGAGGGGGGAGAGGAGAAAUGACUUUUUAGAAAGCAGACUCAUUUUUGGUGAUGGGAAAGGUAACACUGAAUGUGAGUGAAUUGUGCACAGUUUGACCAAGGUAAAUGAUCUCGUUAAGAAGUACACAAGAAAAAAAGGACAUUUUAUGUAAUUGUUAAGGCAUAUGAUUUUGCAACAAUAGCAACAACAACCAAAAAAUUUGUGUGUGGCUACAUAUGUACAGGCAUACCUCAUUUUAUUGCACUUUGCUUUGUUGUGCUUCACAGAUACUGCGUUUUUUACAAAUCUUGAAGGUUUGUGGCAACUCUGUGUCGAACGAGUCUAUCGGCGCAAUUUUUCCCACAGCAUGUGCUCUCUUCGCGUUUCUGUGUCACAUUUUGGUAAUUCUCGCAAUAUUUCAAACUUUUUCAUUAUUAUUAUAUCUGUUAUGGUGAUCUGUGAUCAGUGAUCUUUGAUGUUAAUAUUGUAAUUGUUUUGGGGUGCCAUGAACCGUGCCCAUAUAAGACAGUGAACUUAAUCGAUAAA